AGGACUGUUUGACGACCAAUGUACGAUGCUUUGGGCUGCCUGACGCCAUCUCACAACAUCCACCCGCGCAUCAAUCAGGUCAUCAAUUCUACCCAAAUCUGGAUUGCUAGCUCUUUUGUCGAUAUGACCAACAGAACAUGUUUUGUCUGAAUUGGAUAAUUGGUGUCUUUGAAGUUUCCACAUUUUAACUUGAACUCCUUGACACAUUGAACACGGUUUUGUGUUUGUCAUGCGACCAGUAGACUCGAGUAGACAGAGAUGGAAGAGGAUAGAUAUAGAAAGAAGAGAGUAGAUUUAGAUAGAAGAUGGUAGAUAAAGCUAAAAGCAGCAAUCUUUUGAAAUCUACGUAACCAUUGCGAGAUAAUAUGAUAACGAAUUUAUAUGAUAGUUUGUUUUUUUUUUAAAGUUUUUGAAACCAGUUCAUAAAAGUCGUCUAAGACAGACCAAGAUACGAUCUUGAAAAAAUGUAUGUGGACCAAAUCUUGUGAUACUACUUUGAAGUUUAUUUUAUUUUUUGACUAGAGCAAUACAUAUAGCUGUAUAUAUUCCUUUGGAAAUGCAAACAUAUGAUAUUGGCUUUUAUUAAAAAAAAAGAUUACAAUUCCUUUAAAAAGUUUCAAUUUAGUCAUUAUUGUCAGUAUGAUGAGGAACAGCCCCGCGCCUAUAGGAUCGCAUGUAGCCUAUCAGACAACACACCAACAAAACCAAUUCUCCCAACACGUUGGCCACAAUUCAAACACGUCACGUGAGCGUCCCAUCAAACAUGGCGACCAUUUUUCAUCCAAUCAGCUUGUAGCUUACAACCACCCUUCACCAUCUUCCACCGCACCGGAUAUCAUACAGCCACAUCACGUGACACGCGGAGCUUUGGAUUUCUCUUCGAGCAAGAAGUGCGGCUCUCAUGCCACGCAGCACCUGCCGCAAAGAAAUCAUCAACCGUUUGAAUUUUUUUCCCAGAGUCCACUUAACCAUAGCCGCGACCGGCCUGAUUCUGGGCACACAUCUCCACCAUGGUACAACACAUCCAUGUCGUCAGCAGUACCAACAUCUCCGUUUCCGUCGGUGAGAAACAGCCAUCGCGAUUCGUCGUCAAGCAGCUACUCCUCACACAGCACCGUUGCCAUGGACGCCUCAAAUCAUCAAGUUUACUCGAAUGACGAGAGUUUCUUCGAAGAACAGGAAAAUCGUGCCUGCGGUGGAGCAUACCCAAAUGACAAUGGUGAAACCGUUUAUUUAAACGAUGCUUUAGAUUCGAAUGGAUACUUGAUCUCAUCUCGAUCCCCGUCAGUCCCAUACAAUGAAAACUUGCAGCAGAGAACGCCCCACCACGAAGGCGCUUACAACAGGCGAGCUAAUGACUUUGAGACAGCGCCGAUUAGCAGCGGCAUUGCGAUUGAUAGCAAAGACAUCCGAGAGCGUUGUGACGCAAUCAAAUUUACCGAGGGCUUGGAUUACAACGUCGAUCCAAUCAAAUGCGAAAGUUCCGACUACAGCGACGCCAGCAACGAACCGUAUUGCAGCAACCCGUCGUCGGUGUCUGCCGGACAACCGGCGUACAUCGGUCAACAGUGCUACAACAGUGACACCCACGGUCGUUGCCAGUCUUCGAACUCUUCAUCAUCAACCCCUCCUCAUUACAGCCCGUCUACACUUAUAACACCCGGGUCUAAUGGAGUCGACGCAAACAAACAUAAUGAGUACGAUAAUGACCAAAGAAGCCAAAAACAUUAUUCGAGUUCAAAUUCUGAACCCAAUGCUCGGCUCGAAAAGUUAAAAUCAUCGAAGGGCGCAAGGGGCGCUCAAAAUUUACCUCCUUGCAGAGUGUGCGGGAACAAGGCAUCUGGCUUACAUUUUGGCGUAAACACCUGCGAGGCGUGCAACGAGUUUUUCAGGAGGAGCCUCAAACGGGGCGCCUCUUACUACUGCACCAAGAAUCGGGAAUGCCAGGUGUACGGCAAGAAGCGAAACGCAUGCAGCUACUGCCGCUACCAGCGCUGCGUCGAGAUGGGCAUGUCUCGGGACGCCAUCAAGACCGGCAGGUACUCUCACAAGACGAGAACCGAGUACGCCAUGGAGGUGGAGGAGUUCAAACAGAAGGAGAUGCACCGGGCCGAGCAGGAGAAGUACGUGGUGCUGCUGGCAGAUUUGGUGAAAUAUCACGACAAGUACGUGAAGAACACCACGCGGGUACCCGCGGCAGAGCUCCUGAAGCAUCAGUCGGCGUACUUGAAUUUAUACAACACACAAAGGGAAAUUGAGCUCAGACACCCGCCGCUAAGCUCGAACAUGAUAAACAAAAAACUGUUGAACGGCUGGAGUCCAGAUGGCGAGGAUUUAUCGCUGACGAUGCACGACGUUGAGAUGACCGAGAAAUGGCUCAGGAACUACAUAAACUACGCCAAAAACGUACCGGGGUUUAAGGAACUCGCGCUCCCUGACCAAGCCUCGCUGGUUCGAGGAACAUGGUUCGAGUUUUGGUUCCUCGGGGCGUUCAGGGGCUACAACUCGGACAUGCGCGUCGUUUACUACCCGAACGGACGGACGUUCCAUGAGGAGGAAAUCGUCAAGGUGUUCGGCAAGGAGUACACGGAUUUCUCGUUCAGCCUCGCGGAUCGGAUGGUGACGCUGGACGUGACGCCGGAGGAGAUGGUGCUGAUCAAGACGGUGUGCCUGACGUUCCCGGACCGGACGCCGCUGCAGAACAAGGACGCCGUGGAGCGGAUGCACUGGAUGAUGGUGUCCUGUCUGUUGCACACGCUCGAGAAGAAUCGACCCGGGGACUCCGCGAUAUUCCCGUUGAUCGUCAGUAAGCUGGUGGAGCUGAGGUGAGUAAACAACUUUUGAUAUAAUAUUUUUGAACAGUUGCGUCCCGAGAAGCUGCACUCAAUCUAUGAAGCAUGUUAUUUACUAGUGAUGACUUAUUUUUUCAUAUUCAACUGAAACAUUAAAUGUGAGAAUAUGAAGUGACAAGUGAAGAAGAAAAGAAAAUAAGGUCAAACAUCCAAAAUGUAUAUUAUUUAUUUUUAUUUAAAGGAACGUUUUAUUUUUAAAUUAUAUAUAUUAAAUAUAUAUAUAUACAUAUAUUAGCCAUAAAUGUAUUUCUCAACGCUAUUUAAACUGAAUUUUUUGUGAAUACGACAGAAAAAUAUGAGCCAUUAACAAGUGGCAGUAGCAACAUUGAACAGGAUAAAAGUUUUAGCCCAUUUUAAACAAGAAAAUUAAAAAAAAAAAUAUAAGAGGCGGAGCCGACUAAUCCAAUAUUAAAAUUUUAUUUCUUCAAACGUAUUUCCCAAAAUAAUUUUACUAACCUUGAUACAAAGGUGUACAAACUUAAUUUGAAUAAUGCACAUCACACUUCAUUCGUUCCAUCCCAUCUCACGGGGGCCGUUCCUUAUUUAAAAAUAAACUAAUUUAAAUACGUGGCUUCUCAUUUUUGGGCAACAUAAGCAGCUUACCAGACAGUCUGUGAUUUGUGUGGCUCAGUGUCUGACGGUGCAAAUUGACAUGGCGGCCGUGAACCGGGUCUUAGUGUACAUAACCGACACACACUCUGGGCCCAAAAUAAACGCUGGAUGAAUUCAUUAAAGCGCUUUUAUUAUUAUUUUUUUAACUGCCUGUCAAUAAUGGUACUUUUAUUCGUUCACAUUACGCUCCGCUUUCAAGCUGAGAUAAAUUAUGUUAACAAAAUAUGUCCACAAAUUAUGUCAACAAAUUGAGUCGACAAAUAAUUUCAACAAAUUAUGUCAAGAAAUUAUGUCAACAAAUUAUUUCAACAAAAUAUGUCCAUAAAUUAUGUCAACGAAAUAUGUCCACAAAUUAUGUUAACGAAUUGAGUCCACAAAUAAUUUCCACAAAUUAUGUCAAGAAAUUAUGUCAACAAAUUAUGUCAACAAAAUAUGUCCAUAAAUUAUGUCAACAAAAUAUGUAAAAAAAUAUCGUAAACAAAAUUACGUCGAUAAAUUAUGUCGAUAAAUUUUGUCAUUAAAUUAUGUCAAAAAAUUAUGUUCUUAAGUUAUGUCAGCAAAUUUAUAUCAACAAAUUUUAUCAACAAAUUAGGUAACAAAAUAUGUACAUAAAUUAUGUUCAUUUCAAAGAAAUUUCCCCCACCUCCCUACCAUUUGUAAAAAAACUGUUAAAUGUUCAAGGACCUCCAUCACACCAACUAAAGCUGUAUGCCAUUAUUUACCUCUCCUUUGCAAAACACACAAAAAAAAUAAUUAAAAAUUAAAGCACUAAAUUUAAAGAAAAUGCAACUAAAAAAGUUCACAUGUUUAAGAAUUUUUUAUUGGUCAGUUCGUACAAUUUGGAAAAUUUUGACUAACAUUUUAUAUUGAAAAUAUUCAAUAACCUUUUUUCAAAAAAUAAUAAUAAAAGAAUUACUAUUAUUACAAGACUAAAAAAUGAAAUGUGUAUACAUUUUAAAAUAAUAAAAAUAUUUUUUUUCUUAAAUCUCAUCUGAACUUCUCAUGGACAGUUCAAAUGUUCGUCUGUAGUGAUAAUGUGCUAUAACUAUUCUAUAACUGCCAUCAUCUGGGGGAACGGUCUUUCAUCCUGAGAUUAACCCUUAUGUGCUUGGAACGUCCGAGUCUUCAACGUUUAAAAUAAUUGCCAUGUCCCCUUUCGGUCUUUUCUGUCUUUGGGAAGACACUUGUAUUUUAGGAAUACAAACACACACCAAAAAAAAAAAACAGAAAAAAAAACCGAAAUUGAGCGAAACAAAGAACGGGGAAAACUUGGAGAAAAACAAAAAAGACGCAACAAAACAACGAGCGUGUCGCCAAAAAGCCUUCGUCAGCGAAACAAACAAUCGUGAACAUAGAAUUAGUAUUUAACAAAAAAAUAAAAAGGGAAAUAAAAAGAAAAAAAAAAGGGGGUGGGGAAAAAAAAAAAAAGAAGAAAAAAAAGAAAACGCUUUGUAUCUGAGUGGACUUUUUAUUUCUCCCUCAUUUAUUUUAUUACUAACCUGAUACCAGUAUCUACCCCCCCCCCCCCUUUCCUCUUUUAAAAAAAAUUACUAUAUAUUAGGAAUAUAAUAAGCAGAUGCUAGCUUUUCAUACUUAGGCCCCUCUUAUCAUUUCAAAUUAUUAUGCUGUUAUUUAUAAUUGUAUACAAUUGUUAUACAAUUAGAAUUUCUAUUUUUACUUUUUAAAUCGUUAUUUAUUUAAAAAAACAAAAAACAAUGUUAUUCACGUCUAUUGACCCCCUCCAAACCCCAACGUGUCAUUAAUUAUCAAACGGUGUCCAUUGCCCUCCACCACCCCCUUCCCCUUAUUUUGUUGACGUACUUUAUGGAGGCCCGGUAAGAAAACAAAAGACCUGCAAAAACCCAGUUGAAGAGUCUGCUCCAAGUGCGCCCGGCCGUGUGUCAACAAGGCCACAACGCAGCCUUCUGGGGCGCUAGGUGCCGCCGUCGGCAUGUUUGACCCAGAUUUGAAACUCGUGUCAUUAAAUCAGUGGAUCGGGGCCGAACCUGGAAACGGCGACCAACUGCAAACAAUGACACGGCUGAACAUUGCACUCGCCGUGGAAGCGCUGGGUGUGGGGAGUGGGUUGGGUGGUGAAUGGUGUCGUGGGUGGGGGGGGGGGGGGGGGGGGGGGGGGGGGGGGGGGGGGGGGGGGGGGGGGGGGGGGGGGGGGGGGGGGGGAGCUGGGAGUGGGAGUGACGCAAGGACGUCGUCACGAACGUUCAGUGGUAAAAUUCGAUACCAACACUAAGAAGUCACCUGCAUCACACUUUGGUGUGACAGUUUUGUUAUAGUGGCAGCCAAACUGCAGAAUUAUUGAAUGGUGCAGAGCUUGUGAUGCAGUAGUUCUCAAAUUUUCUAGCGCCCUGGCCUAUUUAUAACAUUUAUUAAGAUGUGGCGGCUAGCAACCUGGAUUAUGUAAUGCAUUUUGAGGUUGUAUGCAGUGUGUUGAAAAUGAAGUGACAGUUAGUGUGACGACAGUAAGUUUGGUGAAACUAAGUUUAGUGACAGUUAGUGUAGUGACAGUAAGUUUGGUGACAAUGAGUGUAGUAACAUUAAAUGUAGUGACAGUAAGUUUGAUGACACUGAGUGUAGUGACAGUUAGUGUGAUGACAGUAAGUUUGCUGACACUAAGGGUAGUGACAGUUAGUGUAGUGACAGUAAGUUUGGUGACACUGAGUGUAGUGACAAUAAGUUUGGUGAUACUGAGUGUAGUGACAGUUUGUGUAGUGGCAGUAAGUUUGGUGACACUGAGUGUAGUGACAGUAAGUGUAGUGAAAGUAAGAGCAGUGACAGCAAAUGUAGUUGCAGUAAGUUUUGUGACAGUAAGUGUGGUGAUAGUUAGUCUGUAUUGACAGUAGUGUGAUGACCGUAAGUGUGGUGACAGCAAGCGUGGUGAUAAUAUGUUUAGAGACAGUGUGUGCAGUAGGCAGUUUUUUCCGUCCUAUCUUUUGAAAAUAUUGCACACAACAUAAUCAUUAAAAAAUUGAGGCAACAUCGCCAAUCAAUCCAAAUGACACCUAAAACACAUUGUUGUACAAAAAAGAAAAAAAUACACUUCGACCAACAGUUUGCAAUUCUUAAAGUUUUCAAGAGAGCCCUUGUUUACACGACACCCGAAGGGCUCGUUGCCUACAAGCUGAGAACCACCUGUGUACAGAAAGCAAGUAGAAAACUAUAAGGAAACUGUCGGCACUAAAAAUGUGUUCACACAUAAACGGUUGUGUAAAAAAAAAAAAACAAGGCCCCGGGGGGGGGGGGGCGCUGCAUUAAAGAAUACAUGUUAAAGAAUCAAUUUUAUUUUGAAUUUUUAAGAUGAUGGGAGCGCCAAUAAAUAAUAGGGAAGAUCACGCAAUGGACACACGUCCUUUUUGAAGUAGACAUUUUUAAAAAUAUUAAUCUUAUUUAAAAAAAAAAAAAUAUCUUCCUUUCAUCUUUCCCGGUAUAUCACCAGACUACUACUGCCUUAGGGUAACGGCUGAAACAAACAAAAUAAGUCAGUUUGUAAGGGGAAUGUGUAUACCACUGUCAAAUAUCGAUCUUAAAGUGAAAUAAAUUGAGGAUUCAAUCAGUCUGAAUAAUACCGAGUUAACAAGUUCGAUUUAAUAUAGUGAGUGCGCAUAGAGCAUAUGUCUUAUAAAUUUAAAAGCGCCCCCCCCCCCCCCCCCCAUUUUUUGGGAACAUAUAUUUGUGACCGUGUCACAAAAUAGUGUCACAGAAUCGUGUCAUAUAAUCUUUUCAUAGAAUCUUAUCAAAGAAACUUGUCACAGAAACUUGUCACAGAAACUUUUUUCAGAAUCGUGUCACAAAAUCGUGUCAAAGAAUCGAAUCUUGUCUCAGAAUCGAGUCACACAUUUUUGUCACAGAAUCGAAUCACAGAAUCGAGUCAUAGAGUCUUAUCACAGUAUCAAGUCACAGAAUCGAGUCAUAGAGUCUUAUCACAGUAUCAAGUCACAGAAUCGAGUCAUAGAGUCUUAUCACAGUAUCAAGUCACAGAAGCGAUUCACAUAAUCUUGUCACAGAAUCGAGUAACAGAAUCGAGUAGCAGAAUAGAGUCACAGAAUCUUGUCACAGAAUCGAGUCACAGAAUCUUUUCACAGAAUCGAGUCACAGAAUCGAGUCACAGAAUCGAGUCACAGAAUCGAGUCACAGAAUCGAGUCACAGAAUCGAGUCACAGAAUCGAGUCACAGAAUCGAGUCACAGAAUCAUUUAACAGAAUCGUGUAACAGAAUCGAGUUACAGAAUCAUUUAACAGAAUCGUGUAACAGAAUCGAGUUACAUAAUCGAGUUAUCGAAUCGAGUCUUUUCAGCUCUUCUCUUUGUUUUUAAGAGAGGACUAUUGGGCUUUUUAAGUUAGGGUAGGCCGCCUUUUAUAUGUUUGAUAUACAUCUAAAUAGGAGCCAAAAUGAUCAAUAAAUUGAUCGUGGGCCCUUAAGAUAUAGAAGAAGAGGAAGAUGAUUUUUUGUUAUUUCGUGAAAUGAAUUUUAAAUUCUAACUAAAAUGAAAUUAUAUAUUUUUUUAACACUUACAUUAAAAUACCUUGAUUCAACCAUCAAACAUUUAAUAAGGUCAUAUUGUGAUAUAAAAUCUUACACGCAGACACAAAUGCAUGCACACAAACAUACAUUCACCAUAGCAACAUGACAUUCCUCUGAUGCUGCCAUCAUGAAGCCCAUAGCCCCCACGGGAUGCCCAGUUCACUCAUUCUUAUGUACAGCACCGGCUCGAGGAGGGAGAGGCCCCUUGUUGAUAAACACUGCGCGCUCAGCUCCUGGCAAACGUGCCCAUUACAACGCUUAGAAAUCUCGCCCCAAGCAUCCCUUAUAAUAGAUUGGCAUUUGUUUAAAACGUGUCAAAUGCUUUGCAGUUUGAAUUAGGCUUAAAGCACGUCUGACUGAUAGCAUAGCUAUGAAUAUCUUCAAACCUUGCUGAGUCAACUAAAUGCUACUUAUGAUAAUAAGGUUGGAGGGACUGCAAUGAAGUUAGAACAAAACAUUUUUUUUUUCGUUUAAAUCAUUUAUAGGCAUUUUUUAUUAUUUUAUUUUAUAUUAAUCUUCUAAUGACCCAUCCGCUUCUCCACCACAAAUUUAUUUCGUGUAAUUAGUGUUAUCAUUUUUUCCUUCAUCUUCCCCCCUUGAAAAAAACAACAACAGCUGAUAUUUUGGGUGUUGUGUUUGAAACUUUGAUAAAAUGUGUUGUCAAUGGCAACGCGUCUAGGUGCCAAGUCUCAGCUCGUUAGGUUGACGGAAAGUGGAUCAGUUAGCCGUCCUAAAGACACAAAAGCAAAGUUAACGAUACAAGUCAUUUUAAAAAUGGAAAUCAGUGGAUCAAGGUAGAGAGAGACCUGAAAGAAAAGAAUGCAAGAGAACGACGCAUCAGCGGGAGAGACUUGAAGUUGACGAGUUUAACCUAAGUCCUCAUUUCCAAAAGUUCCGUAAACUUGACGGCUGCGGCAAUUAUAUUUGAAGAAAUUUUGAAACCAUCAAGCGUGUUAUAUCGUAUUUAACGACCCCCUUCAUUUCAAAUCUAUCGAAAAGACUACACAAAAUAAAUGGGUGGGACUGCCAUAAAGCAUUUAAGUAGAUUAUUGAGACACAAGCAAUACAAAGUAGUCAAGUCUAUAUGUCUAAAUACCACUAACGCUUCCGUCUGGCGCACAUGUCUUGAAUGCCCAGUUUACAAGAUCAAAUUUCCGUCAAAUUUGAUUUAAAUUUGCGUCAAAUUUCUUUUUGAACGCACUUUGUAGUAAAAUAAAGUAAUGCGUUCAAAAAGAAGUUUGACCAACAUUUAACGAAAAUUUGAUCGUUUGAUCAAUAACAUUCCCGAUAACUGCAUUUGACGUGAUUCUUACAAAUACCGCAACUGCGUUUGGUGCACGGUAUUUUUACGGGAAUAGUUGGUGUAAUAAACCCGUGGUUUACAAGAGGGAGGCACAUUAGAAUAUAAAUUAGUUCAGGUACUGUGGCGUGCCCGGUGGGGGAGAAGGGGUGGCAAGAACAGGGAAUCUUAUCAAAUAUUAAACACCAAGCGCGUUUGCGGUAUUUAAAAAAAAAAAAAAAAAAUGGCGUGCCCGGUGGGGGAGAAGGGGUGGCAAGAACAGGAAAUCUUAUCAAAUAUUAAACACCAAGCGCGUUUGCGGUAUUUAAAAAAAAAAAAAAAAAAGAACUCGUUUUGAGCAGUUGUCGGAAUUUUAAUUCGCACGCUGUUGAAACUUAGCGUUGCUGACAGAAAUGUUUCCGUAGAGAAUUAUGUGUGUUGACCAUUCUUUGCUGUCAAUCAGCAGUCACAACUUUAAGACAUUAAGACAUUAAGACAUUAACAGAUAAUACUAAAUAUCCGAAUGUUUCUAAAGUUACGUUUAAGAGACGGCUCACAUGAAUCAACGCCACUUUCAGAGCAAGAUGGUUCUCUAACGUUAGCCUCUCCAAGUUUGAGUAACAUUCCCCAUCAAUUUACGUUGAUUAUGCCUGUCGACCUAUUUACUUGUUGUGUAGAAGCUUUUCUUUUCUCUAUGAAAAUGUUUGAAUGACGCAUCAUGACAUAAUAGUACAUUGUUUUGUGACCUUUCUCUGUGUAUUACGAAAUCUUAUUGGGGAUUAACAUUUGUUUAUAAAAGUCUCUAAUUAAAACAGAAAUUCAAUCACACUUAAAAAAAAUAUAUAUAUUCUUGAAUUGUUUAAUGCAGGUUUGUUUGCACAACUCAAAAUGUAAGUGGGAGGGGGGAGUCGUAAUACUUUAUGAACAGCUUGUGCGGGCCCUAAUACUUUAUGAAAAAAAACUUGUGCAGGCCGAAAGAUUAUAGGACAGCAGGGAAAGCUCUAAUGAAAAUAACAGUAAUUAAGAAUAUUUCGUUACUUGGCGGGUCGUAUGUUGUGCAGGCGGGCCGUAUGUUGUGCAGGUGGGCCGUAUGUUGUGCAGGCGGGCCGUAUGUUGUGCAGGCGGGCCGUAUGUUGUGCAGGCGGGCCGUAUGUUGUGCAGGCGGGCCGUAUGUUGUGCAGGCGGGCCGUAUGUUGUGCUGGCCUGGUUUAAUGAUAUGUUGUUAAAGGAAAUUGGGUAGUGUUAUCCGAGACAUUUUUUUUUUUCAAAUUAAUUUUUUUAGAAGUUGAAGAAAAAAAUAAAACUCAUUGGAAAAAGCUUCAUUUUCCUUAUAUGAUAACUGAUUCAAACGACAUAUUAAUGCAUUAUUAAUGUAUAAAUACGUUAUUAUACAGUUAAUUGUGUGCUUCUUUGAUUCUUUUUUUUUCUUUAAAUUUAAAAAAAAAAUCUUAUUAAAAUCUUAUUAAAAUCUUAUUAAAAUUGUGUGUUUCCUUUUUUUCUAUCGUUUAGAACUCUCACGGACAUUGCCAUGAGGGCCCACAAGAGCGCCAUCUACCAGGAUGUCCUCAAGGAGAGCCCACUGCUGAGUGAAAUGGUGGACACGAAGACCAUAUACGUCAACGCUGACCCUCACGGAAAAAGUGUGUCGAGAACGUUGGUGAACAAUAUACCUGGGUGACACAAUGUAAGAAACACAAUAUACCGGGCUGACACAAUGUGGGACACACGAUAUACCGGAGUGACACACUGUAGGACACACAAUGUCACCGAUCUUAGAGAACAUCAUCAACACGCCGCCAUUCGUCACGUGACGGAAUCGAAUUUUGUAUUCUUAGACAUGAAAAGACAACUGCGUUAGAAAAAAAAAAUGUUUGAAAAAGGGGCAAUCUGUUGCCGGUCCAAUGAGAUGCAUUUCGAUUCCAAACUACGAUGAUAAUAAAUAUAGACUUCGAAACUGCUUAUCCCUUUCAUGAAGUUUUGACUUGCCAAAUGCAUUAGCACAAUUUUCGUUUCUUCCUUACACUCUGAUAUGAAUGUGAUCGAACCGUCUCAAAGACGAAGCAACAAAAAAAUACAGCUAUUUUUGUACAUCUUUGAAAAAAUACCCGUUGACUCUUUUUAAAGUCAUGCUACACUUUGAGAAUAUAAUUCACUAUAAGUUACUUUUAUUCCAAACAUAAAUCAGCCUUGUUUAAAAUCGCAAUACCAGCCAGAGGCUACCAUGGGCGAAAAGUAUUCAUAACGUGUGGCGGUGGAAGACGAACAACUGAAUGACAAGAUGCACAACAUGUGCUGUCGUCUCGUGGAGCUUUUUGAAUAUUGACAUGUCUCAGGUGGGAAAUAAAAGAUUCCCGAGCUGCCCAGACCGGCACCUGGACUACCAUAUGGUUUGUGUACAAUCACCUUGAGGGAAAUUAGAAAGGAUGUCAGGCUCGGGUGUCUGGCUAAUCUGUUAUACACAAGUCCUACACAUUCGUUACUGACAUGAAACAGAUGUGACAAGGUGAAUGUCUCUCGAAUGGAGGCUACACCUUGUGAGACUGCACACAUUAGGCCGAGUGUAACUUAGUUGCCGAAAUAAAGUAUCAAUAUGAAGAUACAAUUCUCUAUUACAGUAAUUUAGUGUAGAGUUUCUUAGCCGGGAGGUGUGCCACUUGUUCUAUAAAUAACCUCAGGUAAUCUAUGUCAAAGCAACUUAAUUGCUCAGAGCUGGAGCGAGCUAUUUAUAGAUUUGGUUGCCUCGUUUCGUUUUUCUUUUAAAUUAUUAUUUUUUUUUCUGUUGGCAGCAUGUUCAGUUUGUACAAUUCCAUCACAAUUUUUUUUGUAUGUUUUUUCUUAUGUUAGAAUUUUCUUUCUUGGCUACCGAUACUAAGUAGACAACAACUAAAAUUCCACCAGCUUUCACGUGCAUCACAAUAGGUGGUUAAUGUAUGAUAUUUUGGUUGGGAUUUCAACACCAGUAAAUCUACUGUUCAUUAAGUAUCUGGAUGGGAUUGCAACCCAGCCUGCGAAUGUACAGAUCACCAUGAAAAGGCCCUGUGUUGGUGUAAAACCCAGCCGGCGAAUGUACAGAUCACCAUGAAAAGGCCCUGUGUUGGAGUAAAACCCAGCCGGCGAAUGUACAGAUCACAACGAAAAGGCCCUGUGUUGGUGUAAAACCCAGCCGGCGAAUGUACAGAUCACCACGAAAAAGCCAUGUGUUGGUGUAAAACCCAGCCGGCGAAUGUACAGAUCACCACGAAAAGGCCCUGUGUUGGUGUCCAAUCCAGCCGACCAUGCACAGUAAUCACUCAUUAGAACUAUAAUAUAAUUAUCAACGUUGCUUUGUUGUCAACCACAUAAUAAUAUAUUCAUGUAAACGUCAGGAAGAUUCUUCUAUAUUUUUUGUGUGGAUUAGCUGACGUCAGAAGACCACUGUAACGAAAUAAUAUGCAUUGAUUGGACAAACAAAUUGCAUUACUCCGGUGUUCUUUAUAAUACAGAACAUACAAACAAAAUAUUUAAUUUAAUUAAUGAUAAAAAAAACAAAACUCAAAAAUAAGCUAUCUAAACUUAAAAGUUGGGCCAAGCCAUAUUCAGUAUUAAAAAAACCUCACACAUUUAAAUUGAUAAAUUGAUGGGAUUUGUAUCACCUUUUCAAGGUAUACAUAGAUUGUCGCCCCACACAUGUGUCUUGUAUACGUGUGUUGUGCCGACUGCGGUCCAUCCAAUUUCCAACCUAUAUGCGCUUCUCUCUCCAACGAUACCAACGCAUUACGGCUGUAUCAUUGAUUAUCAGGUAAUGUAACCGCUGUGAUAGUCUUAGCGAAAUAACCCGACGAGAUGUGCAGUUAUGAAGUCGUAUGACAGUGAUGUGGCUACGCUAACCUGUUAUCUCUAUAGUGUGCACACUAGGUUUAGCCGACCACUGCGAUUCAUAGAGUAAGGACAUGGUAUGUUAAGCCCUGGAUCAUAAUGACGAACACAGUGACGUUUCGGCAGAAAGCCUUCAUCAGCAAAUACAACAAUUUAAAUAAAAUAAAAUAAAAUCAGAGGUUGUCUGAGACAUAGAACGGACAGGAAGCUAUUCAAAUAAAACGCCUAGAAAACCUUACAUGUUUCACAGUUUCAAAUACCGUAUCAUCAUCAGUGGCACUACAGCCUAAGUAGGGCCCUGGCCUGCUCCACCAAUACAAGUCCCAUGGUCUCAUUAUUUCGUCCACAUGGCUUGAAUGCAGUUUCUAAUACAUUAAUCAUGAUUUGAAUGUGCAAGGAUGACGGCGCACAAUUGUCGGCGACUUAAACAGAUACGUCAUCAAUUCUCUUAUUAAAAUCUAAUCUUCUAAUUACCAAAUGAACGUAUGGGCUAAGAGCAGGAAAUGAAUAAGUACAAUGAACAAGGAUCGAGUUAUGCGCUACACAUUAAAAUUUAAUAGAUUCUUUUUUUUUUUCAAUUUGAAUAAUGGCGUCAUCUAAUUCUCUUAGUUUCUUUUCAAAUAAUAUGUUAGAGUUUUAUGAUCUACUUAAAUGUCAGAAAAAUGAUUUUGACCGGUGCACACGUCUAUAUUCCUCUGGUAUUCGGGACAGCUUUGAUACCGCUAUUUGAUAUUGACGGCAAUUUGCUUGCUGUCCCCUGACUUUGUCGGGUUUAGUUUUCACAAUUAAAAUGAAAAUAUUUUUACUCUUGUUUCUGUCUCAUCCACUAAUCUUGUAGGGCGAGGACUGAAAUGCAUAUCUUUUAUUAUAAGAGUUCAUUGUCUCUAUUUUAAACUAGAUAGAAGAAGGUUAUUCUGCAAAUGAACGUUUCUCAAAAUGUACUGAAAUGUGUACUUUUAAAAUAUGAUCCCAACAUUGUAUGUACCACCGUGUAUCACCAAUCUUAUGCUACAUUUGUUGUUGUUUUGUGUGUAUGUGUGUGACAAUGUAAUAUACCUCUUUUAAAAGUGUUACGAAUUUGAAACUCAUAAUUUUAUACUGUAUUUAGAGACAGCACGCAUAGUGAAACGAAAACGAAAGUGAACAUAACCAAGCAUUAUAAAAUACAUAUUAAACAUAACAAUUCAUUUUGGAAUAAACCGUUAUAAAUAUUUAUUUAACGGAUGCUCUAAUCUAAUUCAGCAAAUAAAAAGUGGACAUUUUAUUUUUUUACAAAUAUUUUAAAUUCACACACAAACAAUCUUUCAUACGAUCCCAGAAUAUAGCCUCUCAAAAUUGAGUUGUCGAUAAUGGAACAGGUGGAGAGAAAGCCACCACUAGCCAAUGACGGUGCCUACUUUUCUUGUUCUUUUGGGACAAUUUCAUACAUUCCGACUCGAUCAUUUAUUUAACCAACUCUAAAUUAAAGAAAUAUUGACUAAUCUAUACCUAAAUAAUAAUUUAAAAAAAAAAAAAAAAAAUUUCUCCCGACGAUAUUUUAAUUGACAAUUUCACUGGAGUAUUUUGUGUACAAUCACCCAAUUUAACAACUGUGGCCUACAUUUACCUUUAAGAACCUUCUUUUUUUUUUGUUUUGUUUAAUUGGUCCAUUUACUGCGAAAUGUCUGUAUUCCUGUUAUCAUGGGUGAGGUCUACGUUAGAUUCGAUCUCCACAGCUAACUUGUAGUAAGAUUGUUGCUGUGUUAAGUUUAUGCCAAGAAUUGGUGUUGAUGACAAUUUUUUUUCUUUAUACUAUAAAUGCAACGUUGUUUCAUUGCGGUCCUUAGACUUGGAAAAAAACAAUUCACUUCAGUAAGCAAUUUUAAUUUUAAUUAUUGCUUUAUUUCUAAUGUUGGUAGAUACUACUGCCACAAGGUGUCGAUGAAACUUCAAACAAAAAUAUAGAUGCAAUUCCAUUGUUGGUUGAAGAAUGGUUGUGUUGACAUUGCAAUUAAAUUUAGUGCCAGAUGUAGCAGUCCAACGUUUAACUGUUAUCUAGCAUACUUAACUUUAAAGCCCAUAUCAUGUACAUUAGACCUUUACAAUGAUUAUUGUUUUCUUUCUUUCUGUUGAUGAAAUUUUACCGGUGACCUGUACAAAGAUGUUAGUUGUAUUUUUUUUUACAACUGUUAUUGUUGUUGGCUUGAUUCAUCAUUGCAACACGCCUGUGAUAUUGUUGUAACUUUGGUGUCCAUUGUUGCCUAUGUCUGCAAGAAUUCCGGUGUUAAAAAUAAAUCAUUUUCGUGUCGCCUUUAUAUCCCGCACCACUUACUUGUCUUUCCGCGAAAGUAAGAUCGUUAUGUAAGAUCGUUAUGUAUGAUCGUUAUGUAAGAUCAUUAUGUAAGGUCGCUAAGUAGGAUCGUUAAGUUAGAUCGUUAAGUAUGAUCGUUAAGUAAGAUCGUUAUGUAAGAUCAUUAUGUAAGGUCGCUAAGUAGGAUCGUUAAGUUAGAUCGUUAAGUAUGAACGUUAAGUAAGAUCCUUAAGUAAGAACUUUAAGAGAGGUCGUUGAGAAAUACCGUUCGUUAAGAUAUUUUAGUAACAUCUGAUUGUUGUAGCAACUAUGUUAAAAUUGAUCUUUUGAAUUAUUCACUGGUAUCAAUGACUGGUCGGCUGGUAUCGAAAGUAGCAAGAGUGAAAGUCAAUUUUUUUAUAAGAAAAGAGUUUAUCUUUGAGUAACGGAAUGUCCGAUUCCACCUUUUUUUAAAAAAAAACUAGAAUGUGGAUUUUUCACUAUUUCAAAGACUUAUUUAAAGUUCAUUACCGGAAUUUUUAUUUGUAUCAACAUUUUGUUAAUGAACUUUGUGAGAGAAAUUUUCAUAAUUCUAUAUGAUUAUUAUCACAGUUUUAUUGCAAUAAUAUUAUUUGUCAUGAAUUAAAAUAAAGAUUUUUAAAAAAAUGUUAAUUAUAUUUUUCUGUCAUUCACCGGUGCAGAGCAGUCAGGAAAUGUUUCUCUAAUACUUAAUACGAUUUCUUUCACAAUCACACUUUCCUUGGGAAGAAAAUUUUCAAAAUUAAACUGAGCGAAAUUAUAAGUUUGUACCUUAGUUAUAACAUAACACUUCUGUAACAUGGGAUUCGCAUAUAUACAUAUACAUAUCAUCCCUCGUUACUUGAUAUAAAGUUGUGAUAUCGCCUUUUAAAAUAAUAAUUGCAAUUCUUUUUUUUUUUUUAAGAACCUCUUUUCCGGUUUUUAAAUGGUGAGCAGAUCUUAAUCAUAAAUGUCUUUAAAUAUUAUCGAUUUUAAUCUAAAUUGGCAAUAAUCAAUCACCUUUUUUCACAGGAUUAUUUGAUGAUGAUAAACCAUUUUUUUUUUUUUAAAUUGAAGAAAACAAAAAUUAAACAACAUUUCAAUUAUACGAGCUGCAAUUAGACAACUGAUUUUGUAAUAAAACUAUGUAGACCUGCACAUACAUUACCACCAAGGCGAAGGAUUCUAUUGUUUGGGCCUUUACUCCAAGUUUAAAUAUUAUCUUUGAUAUAAAAAAAAACCCACCUAUUACACAAGUGUUUUUGUUUCUUAGUCUUAUUUCAGAUAGAUUAAUUAGACAAGAACAAUUUGUUAAGCUUUAAUAAUAGUUAAACAUAAUACACAAAUGAACGUUUCGGCACAUGCCUUCAUCAGUACAACAACAAAACAUUUAAAGAAGUAUCAAGUAAUUGUACUUAGUUUUACAGGUUUCAAGUAAGGUUUUUACUUUAUUCGUAUUUAAAUGUAUUGUUGUUUUACUGAUGAAGGCAUGUGCCGAAAAGUCUGUUUUUGUAUUACGUAAGAUUAUCAAUAAAGACUAACAUAUAUUGUUCUAUUGACACGAAUUGUUCGUAUCAAAUUAAUCUAUGCUAAAGCCUUAUCGCGGUCCAACACUUUUAUAAUUAGUUAAUUUAGUUUUAUUUAAGCUUCCUGUUUCUUGUGAUCAUGCGCACUACAUAAUAUAUUAUUUUAAAAAAAUUGUUACAAGAAUAUACUAAUGGUUAGUGUAUGAGUAACCCUUGACAGUUUGAUAACCACUGCGAAAAAUCACGCGUGUGGGUGUGGGUGUGUGGGUGGGGGGAGUCGGUGCAGAACCGCAAUCUGUUGCACUCUUUCAUCCGUUAAACAUUACCGCUCGGACUUUUACUUCUUUACACUAACACGAGUUAUUGCUACUCGGUAGUGGCUGGAAACAAAUAAUGUCAUUGGAGACAUCUCUCAUUCAAUGUUAGACUUGAUGCAUGGGUUUUUUUAAAUUUUUUGUUGUUUUUUUUUCUUAGAAGAAUAAAAUCCAUUUCAUCAAAAGCGUCUUGACAACUUUUCAAUAAUGAGCUUGAGUUUCACAGAUUAUAUUAAAGGUGUUGGAUGGAUUGAUAUCAAUAUGAACAUCGACGUCAUUGCCCUCGAUGCCCUUAACAUUGCUAAAGUCUUUUGUUUGCUGCUUUGGGGAAAAAAAAUUAUACGGCAGUCUACAAUAAGCUGGACAAAGAGAGAAGGGUGGAGGAAAGGAAUAAAAAGAACUACAGCAAAUAUUUAGUUGCAUGCAUUCAAAAUAUUUUUUUGUUGUUAGCUGAGUUAAAAACAAGAAGGUUAAUUAUUUAAACAGUAAAAUGAAAUAUAUAAUUUUUUUUGGGGGGGGGUAUAAAUAUCAUAAUAAGACCCAUACAUUGUGAUUACAUGUAUGUGAUGUAUACUUAAUUUUGGGAUGUCGAAUAUCAGUAUUUAAAAAAAAAUAUAUAUAUAUAAUUGUUAUUAUGUUUUAAUAUAUAUAUUUUUGUUAGAAGCUACUUUUCACGGUCAUACAAUCUGUAAAGGUCUAAACCAAUUCUAAUUCAGGUCAACGCAAUUCAAUGAUACAUACACACAUUAUUAUAUGACGCAGUUACAAUUUGUAUUCAUUAUACUUUUCAUCGACUGUUUUGCUGUUCAACAAUGAGAAGACAUUGCUGGUCAUCGUUUUCACGGGUUGUGACUUCGUCUGGUCUACAUAAUUAAUAACGAGGGAUUCCCCAAAGCUUUUUAUAGCUCAGAGAUUCCGCAGUCUAAAUCUUGACAGGUGUGUUGUGAUAUUUUGUGUACGUAAUGUGCCGUUGCAGUAGUUUCUCGUCUGCUCUAACGCCUUUUAGACGUCACAAAGUUAUUGAUAGUGUUUACAUUGUUCAUUAAUAGGGUUAUCACUUUGCUUUGAUCAUAGACACAAAUCCACACACAUGGAAUUGACGUAUGAUGGGAUCGUGACGUCAUGAUAGCGACGUGUGUUUUCUGUGUUGCUUGGGG